AUAGUUUUACAAUACGAAAUCUUCAGUAGCACUUAACAAAAUGAUUGGGAUCAAUGGAAAAAUUGCCAAUUGCGCACUUAUUUCAAUAGUUUCGCUACCGUGAUGUCCUGUCGGACUCAACUUGCCGAAGUAGAUUUGGGCAAUUUACUGGUUGAGGAUAAAUGUCCCUUAAACCAAUAUAAUGAAGCAGUUAUUUCCGUAGCAGAUGACAAUUAUCGCUCAAUUGCAUUGGAAUGCACUCACCAUUUUUUCAAAAACUUUUCGAGCUACCAACUGAGACAAACGAUUCAGUUUCGGUUUCUUUGCUCCCAAAACCUACUUUCCGUCUUCCCAGAGAGAAGAAGAUACCGACAGCCAAAGAGCUUACGAAGUGGGAUAGAUUUUCUCGUUUGAAAGGAAUCCAGAAACAAAAGAAGUCACGUAAAGUAUGGGAUCCUGUUUCUGAAUCUUGGAAACCAAGAUGGGGUAAAGAUCGGGUUGAUGACGUAAAAGAUAAAUGGGUAUUGGAAGUCCCAGAUAAUGCAGAUCCGUAUGAGGACCAGUUCGCCAAAUUGUCACAGGCCAAAAAGGAGCGUCAAGCCAAGAAUGAACUUCAACGUCUUCGUAAUAUUGCCCGUACCGUCAAAACAGGACAAGCUCCUCCUAUCGGGGUCUUAACUGAAUCACAGUCGUCCAAAACUGAAUUAUCACGUGCUUUUUCAAUUGCUCAAAGUUCUGAUGCAUCAAUGGGUCGUUUUUCUGCUCCAGUAGAUAGUCGCAAGAUUUCAAAGAAGGUUGAAAAACGAUCUAAACAAAGAAUCCCACUAAGUCAAAUUGCAAAAAAGAAUAAAGUAAGAAAAAUUAAAACCACAAAGACAAAGAAGAAUAAGAAAAGUUCACAUCCUGCCAAAACUAAGUGAACUUCUAAUGAGAAUACGUCUUAUUGUAAAUAUAAUAACAAUUUCAAAAAUAUAGUUUCACGUCUCUAA